AUGACAUCCACGGUAUCGGAAGAAAGCUCUAAGGCCGACCCGCCAUGGAUAUGCGGAGAUCCGCUCAAAUAUCCUCUCCCAAAGCCCGAUAGUGACCCAUGGGCGAGAGUACUUGAGCCUAUGCUAGAGAAAGAAAACGAGAUGUGCGAAUCGUGGAGAGAUGAAAUCAAUAAUAUUUUAAUUUUUGCGGGCCUUUUUUCUGCGAUUGUCAGUGCCUUUGUUGUGGAGUCGUACAAGGGAUUACAGCCAGAUUCCAGUGUGGAAAUAAUCUCGUUACUCGGUCAAAUUGCAUCAAUCCUCCGAGAGAGUACCAACCUUACAGCCGAUAGCAUCUUGAAUGGGACAAGUACAAUUCAAUUGCAACAGGACGAUCCACAAACACCCCCGCCGGUGAUGUCCCGUAUCAACAUACUUUGGUUCAUUAGUCUAAUUCUAAGCAUCACCACUGUUCUCGUCGGGACUGUUUCUCUUCAAUGGAUUAGGGAAUAUCGACUAUACCCCCGUCAUAUCACAUCGCGCGACAAGCUUGCAUUGCUAAACAUGCGAAUUGAAAGUUUCAUUGGGUGGGGUGUACCUACACUCAUUUCGCUAUUGCCCGUCAUCCUUCAGGCUUCCGUUGUCUUGUUUUUGGUUGGAUUGAUCGAUUUUAUAACCAUUGUUGCCCCAUCCCAGGUCUCAAUUCCUGUCAUUGCAGUCAUCGCCCUUCCAUUGACGUUCAUUACGGUCACCACCUUACUUCCAUCUUGUUAUUGGAUACCAUCUUCACUCAUACUCCGCAUAUCCAAAACCUCUGUCCCAUCGCAAUGUCCCUACAAGUCUCCUCAAUCAUCCCUAUUUAUUCAUCUGGUUAGAGCGAUACUGGUUCUUCUAUCCAGGGCCUUUGACAUUAUCACCCACUUCUUCUAUCUCUUGACUAGGCGUGCUGAUACCAUUUUACGACCAGUUUCCUGGCGGGGAAAAAUAUCGAAUCUGGUCGAUCGCAUGCUGCCCUCAAACGAUCGGAUAUUUCUGCAUUAUCGACAACGAUUCCACGAGCAAAUUUACAGACAAAAGUGGAGACUUUACGAUACUCAGUCAACUCCAAAUCAGCAAUGGUGUGAAAAGGAGCAGGUAUCCUUUUCUUGCGACGACCCUAACACAUCACCCCCUCUUUAUGACUGCAUUAUGGGUCUCAGGAAACUGCUUAGGGAAGGCGAUAAUCUCGAUCCGGAGCUUGCGUCGUCUAGCUACUACUGCGUCCAAGAUUUAUUCAAAUACGACCGUAGUGGCUCCUUUGGACCAAAGUUGUGGCAUCAAUAUCUUCAAGGCUUGACAUUGGAUGACCAUUCCCACACUUCUCUUGCCAGUCAUAACGAUGUUCAGCAAUUGAUACCUUCGAGGAUUUUACAGGAAGAAACCUUAAUGACGGCGUUGACGGUGCUCCCUCGCACACCAGAGAACGUUCUUGCACUCUAUGAACACCACAUCCGUCUCUUCAACUUUUAUUUGACAUUACCUGCAAGAUCAGUCACAAAGAGACAAAGAUUAGAGUCCACACUAUCUCUUCUAUCAAGAGAGCGUAUUGAGGAUCCCAAAGCUCGCUCUGACGUCUCCAGACAGUACACCAUGCUUCUAGAAAAGCUCUUCGAAACCUAUGCUUAUCAAACAACCCCAUACGUAUUCCGUUAUCAGAAUACUAUUCAACUUCUGGAUGUCGCUUUUCGAGCACAAGAUGACGCGGAUAGGAACCGUACCCUUCAAUUGAUUUAUUCUCAUGUGGUUGAAAUUGGAAAAUUCUCGUCCAGUCCCAUUGGUCCUCAAUAUUUGCUCUACUUCCUCAUGGCUUCUUACGUUGGUCUGGUGGUUGGUGCUGGUCAUCAUUUCACAGCCUUUGGAAGGCAGAUGGAAGAAUCUCUGAUUUUACAACUGGUGGACAUCGGGAACUCGAUACGCUUCGAUCAAUUGACACAAAGCGCGGAUCCUAGUCAAUGGGGCUAUGGGUAUAAAAUAUUCGUGGAACAGGCGGAACUUCAAAGAUUGGCGCGAUACACAAACCAUACGCGUCAAGCAAAUAUGCAUUGGCGCUCACACACGCCGUCAGUCACGCAGAUGUGGGUGCCAGAGAUCCCGAAACCUGAAGGUUUCCAGAAUACUUGCAGAGUUGGAUGUGACGACACGUCUUCAAUAACUGUUGCUUUUGAGGUAGGACAAAAACCAUAG